AGGCAUCCCUCAUCUUGUUUUGUUUUUGUACUUUUGCUUAUAUAUCCGGCUACUCGUCGUUGCGCUUGCGUUUAGCAGAAGGAUUUAUUUUUCUAAGCCGACGAAGCUGCUUGCUGUGUGUUAGCAUCCUCAUCCUCUUCCUUGAAAAUUGUCUAUGAUGAUCAUGAACCCACGACACUCUCCUUCUAUGGUAGCUAGGAUAGACGAGUUAGGAGUGUCGUUCUCUUUUCUUCAGACUCGUCAUCUCAGUCCUUGAGCUUAAAACUGUGGUUACGAGCAUUAAGUGGACGAGAACAAAGAGUCUCUCUUUCAUAAUUCCUGUGGCACAUAAUUUCCAACUACAACAACCUCCGAAGUACAAUUACUUCUACAUCAUUCAACUACAGAAUGUUAUCGUUUUUUCAACACCUCUUGCUCUCGCUCUCCUGGUGCGGUAUAGUCCUCCAGUUUGGUGGGGUCCUUGCGGUGGAGAGGAUAUCUACACCGCACGACGAAUUCCUUCAGCGAAGCGACAAAUCAAGCGACACGACCGGUAGAAGAAAAGACGGAAAUAACCAGACUUCAUCUUCUGGCACAACUUCUAGUUCUACGACUAUACCUGUAGCAAGUGCAAGUAGUAAGAUAAAUACAACAAGAACGAGCAGCAAUGGAACUUCGUUGAGCCUGAGCGAGCAUGAAAGGAACACAACUGGCGGGAAUAGAGAGCCGAUUGCAGCGGCUGCACCAGCAAGUCGAACUGACGGUGAGCCAGAGGAACAAGAUCCUCCUGUGACUUUACUACAAGAGGCUAGUAGUAGUACUGAACAGAAACCCGCAAAAGCAUCCGAUGCACAUCUAGAAGUGCAUGGUGUCAGUACCCAUAAACGUGCGUUGCCAGAGGCACCUGCUCGUGCAAGUACUGUGGAUAUUGAUGGUAGCAAGGUCGUGGAAGCAGCAGGACCUACGGUGCAAACAGUAGUGUUACCUACAGAUGAGGGACACAAGGAAACGGACAUACAAUCGAUCGAACACAUUGAGGUAAUGGCGUUCGGUCUUCGUUAUUUUUAAUGUUUGUUCUCGAUCUAUCAUACUUGAUGAUAGUUUUAGAAUUUUUGCAUUGCGACAAUUUUUGCGUUGCUACUUUUGCUACUAAACUUCGAUGUUUGCUACUUCGAUGUGAAAAUGCUGUUUAUUUCCAUUCCAAUUCCACUUCCACUAACUUCUAUCUUCUAACAACAGGUCGUCCAAACCAGCAGUGCGGUCUUCAUUCGUAUGGUUUUGGAGCGUGUUGGCCUAGUAAUCAACAUUGCUUCGCAACUCGCGCCACUCCAACGCAUCCUGCAGAUGCACAAGGAACAACGUGUAGGAUCCUUGAGUCCUUUCCCCUUCAUAAGUGGUCUAAGCUGCAACUCUCUCUGGCUUCUGUAUUCGCUGUUGAUCCGAGAACCGGUCUUAGUCCUCAGCAAUUUGUCUGGUUUAUGUUGGAACUGCUACUAUGUUUGGAGCUUCAACAAGUGGUGCCAACGCGACGCAGAAAAACGCGCUUUGUUUCUGCAGCAACUCCAGAUUGUCGUUUUGCUGUUCUUGUUGGGCGUCAUAACCGGCGGCUUCUUUUCUAUCGAAAGCUUGGGAAGCUUGGCGAGUGCAGUCCUGAUGGUGCUGCUCUGUGGACCAUUAUUGCAGUUCCCCAACGUCUACGUGACCAAAGACGUUGGACCUCUCGGCGCACCUGAGAUGGCCAUAGCGAAUUUAGCCAGUUGCGUCAUUUGGUGCGUAGUUGGGUACUUCUUUUUCCAAAAGCCCAGUGUCUGGAUCCCGCACUUGAUUGGUGGAAACAUUGCCUUAGGCAGUUGCUUUAUGUUUGCCACAAUAGGGAAAGCAAAAGUCAAGAGACGGUGGCGGAAAUGGCUCCGAGACGGGCCUGGGGGUCCCGGGCAUGCCACACAAUUUCAUGGAGAAGAUGAAGAUAGGCAGAGAAGCAGGUCCAAUGAUUCCAAGAAUCCUGAAGUAGUUGGUUCAGAAGACCAAGCGCUUGGAGAAGCGACAGCGCAUUUCGAGUAUCCGAUAAGCAACUCGAUCAAUAGAUGUGAUAGGACCAGCGUUAGCAGCAUGGAUUCAUGGGAGAGCGGUGAUUCGCAAUUGAGUAUGACGCAUAGAGUAUAGCAGCUCACGACUACUUAUCCACCCACCCUUGUUCCCACGAGCACCCUUGAACAGAAACAGUAUAAUGUUCUGAUCCCCAACCCCAUCCUUAUCCUUGUGGUCUGUGUUGAAACCCAAACAACUACGCACCUAGUACUAGUAGAUCCACCAAUGUGAUUGCGGUUUGACGGUUACGCUUUGGACACUUGUCGUGAUCGAAAAAGUUUGAUGUGCUUUCUCAUCUAGUAUGAGACCGACAACUCU